GCAACUUGCCGUAGGCUCGUAGCCAAGGGCCCUUCCGCACCUAACGUCCUCCAGCCUUGGGAGUGUCAGCAGCCUUGACAGCCAAAGACCGGAGACGCCAUGGCAUGGGCGCCGGAUCUACAGACGGGAGGCGUCUGCAAUGAUGACCAACGGGUCAGGUCUCUAUGUUCCUCUACCUCUUAUCUGCCCGGUGCUGACAGCCGCUUCCAUCGCAGGGAGCAAAGAAAUACCUCGAGUAGCCUAGCGAUAAUGGGCCAUAAGAUCUGAAAAGCUAUAUGUAGCAGACACCCCGACAGCUUUCUCCGACUCCUCCAUCAUCCUUCAUACCUCCUCGGUCGAUCACUAUCCUCGAGUCUCCUCCUCCAUCUCCUCCUCCGUCCCCGGCGUCCGGCAACGAUGCUACUCCCCUCCUCCCUCCUCCUCUCUGCUCUUCUCUUCUUCACAUCACCUGAUGUCGAUGCCAAGCUGCACAAGCGCAAUGUCCCUCUCGCAACGGAGACCUGGGUCAAGCGCGACGUCGCAGCUGCCGAGGCGCCCGUGACCUUCUCCCUUGCUCUGACCGGUGAGAACUUCCAUGAGCUCGAGGCAAGGAUGAUGUCCAUCAGCAAGGAAAGGGGCAACUGGCUCAAAAGAGAUGAACUGGCAUAUUAUACACGCCCUUCGGAGCUGGCAAAGCGACACGUUGAGGAGUUCCUCGCAAGCGGAGGCGUUGCCAGGGACGAGAUUGCGUACAGCGCCCACGAAGAUGUCGUGACCGUGCGAUCCAAUGUCGGCACGGUAGCUCGACUCUUCAACACCCGUAUGCACGACUACGAGCACGCGCCUUCUGGAGAAAUCUUCACCCGAGCGCUCCACUAUGAGCUGCCAGACCACCUAGACGAGCACGUCCUCCACGUCCGUGGUGUAUCUGACUUUGUCAAGGCAGAGCCUAGGCGAGGUGCUGGUGCCUUUGAGGGCGGCAACAAGCUGCCUCAGAUGAAGAAGGUCGUCAGCUCUUCUACCCACAAGACUACCUCUACGAAGAAGGCCACGAGUACCUCUACGAAGAAGGCCACGAGUACCUCCUCCAAGAAGUCCACAAGCACUUCCUCCAAGAAGUCCACACCGAUCAAGCAGGCCACUUCGAGCGUGAAGACUACGUCGUCGACGAAGAAGGCUACUUCUACUACCAAGCCGGCUACAUCGAGUACCAAGAAGACGACUUCUUCGAGCACCAAGAAGACCUCAGUGUGCACCAACAAGGCUGCAGUGUGCACCUCUUCUGCCAAGACGACUUCGACGACGACAAAGAAGGCGACUUCGACCUCGACCAAGAAGGCUUCCACGACGAGCAAGACGACGUCGACACUCAAGACGUACUACGCUUCUGAUCUGUCCUACCCUACUGGUCUCUCGAGCCCACACGAGUACCCUGCCGGCUGUAUCGACACCAAUGCCAGCUUCGCCUGCAUUACUCGCAUGUACGGUACCGACGUCUACACACCCACAAAGGACAUUGAGUCGCUAGCUGUUGUCAACUACGGAGCUUGGCAGAACGAGUCUGUGCUGUCCUUCAACUCUCUUCACCAGCCCAAGGCUCCGGCGGGUUAUAUCCCCAACCAGGCCUACCUGGGUGACCCUGAUGGUCUUUGGGAUGCCAACAUCACUGUUGAUGAUGGCGAGGCAAUUCUCGACAUCGAGUGCGCCAUUGGUGUCGCUUAUGGGCUCAACAUCACCGCUUACCAGUCUAGCGUGGACUACACCGGCACCGUCGAGGCUCUGAUCAACCUCCCCGAUGCUGAUCGCCCAGGUGUCGUCUCGAUGUCGUAUGGUCUUCAAGAGAACGACGUCGACAAGAGCUACGCCGUAGACUUCUGCCAGCAAGCUCAGAUCCUCACCGCCCUCGGUACGACCUUUGUCGUUGCCACUGGAGACAAUGGAGUUUCCAUCAACAACUCUACGACCUGCCCUCCCUUUGCGUCGGACAUGAUGUCUUCUUGCCCCUACGUCGUUGGUGUUGGAGGUACUGCCAACUUCAACCCCGAGCGUGCGGGUUACGAGCCAUCCCUGCCCGAACUGUACAAUGGUUGGUCCUCCGGUGGCUUCUCGCGUUACUUUGACACCCCCUCGUAUCAGAACGCCUCCGUCACCAACUACCUGGCUGUUACCAACAACAGCUGGUCUGAGUACUACAAUGGCAAGGGCAGAGGAUUCCCAGACGUUGCUGCGUACGGACAGUCCAUCAAUACAGUCCAGAAGACGGUGAAUGGAGUGUACAUGUACCUCGCGGGAGGCACCUCUGCCUCAUCACCCAUUUUCGCCUCGGUGCUAGCCCUGGUCAAUGCCAAGUGCGCAGAGGCCGGUAAAGGUCGUGUGGGAUGGAUGCAGCCUACAAUGUAUGCUGCUGCAGAUGCGGGUAACACGGCUCUCAACGACAUUACCAAGGGCGGUAGCUACUGGUGUGGAGACUAUGAGCGCGCACCGGGCUUCUCGUGCGAGGCGGGAUGGGACCCUGCAACUGGUCUGGGAACACCUUACUUCCAGAAGCUCGUUGACAUCUUUGGAUGUAGCUGAGCGAGGAGAAAGGAAGAAGAGGAGGGGGGAUUGGAAUCGUAGGACAGGUCUUGGAGUGCAAGGUAGCAGAGGACAUCACGUUGCUCGGUAUUGCAAUUGCUUUUCGAUUUCGACCUUGUUGUUGUAGAUGUUCUUCGUCGCAUUCCCCCUUUCAUGGACAAUUUGUUUAUGGCAACGCUUGUUUU